AUGCACAUCAGUGGCGUGCGGGAAGUACGAUGCCAUGAUAGGAGUGACGACGAUGAGGAUAAGGAUGAGGACGAGAUAGAGCGCACAUCAGAUUGGCCUAUACAGGGCAUUUACCAUGGACUUUCGCCUAAGUCCAUCACUCAGAGUUGGAAAGUUGGUUUCAAGGCAACUCCAACUGUCUUGAUAUUAUUAUACAUUGGAUACAUCCAUCUUAAUCUGGCCUUGCAAAUUGAUCUGUCAGAGACAGCAGCGCCAACACAAGGAUCCACACUCACGAGCAGCUCUUGCCGCUUCUCCAGUCAUGCCCAGGUCCAAUUAUUAUUCGCUAUACCACAUCUGUCUCCUAUCCAUUUUAUUUACGAUCUAUCAUGGUUGCUCUAUGUUUCUUCAGCUGAAUCAAUGCAUGCUUUCUUUGUCUCUCAAAAGCAUGCAUAA